AUGGAACUGUCCAGAGGCACCUGCAGUGACCAACGGAGUGGAGCAGGGCUUCGUCUUCGGUCCACCCUCUUCAGUCUCAUGUUCUUUGCCAUGCUGAUGGGCGCCUGCCGUGAUGGACGCCCCGAGGUCCGCAUCGCCUGCAGGACGGACAGCCAUCUUCUCAACAACAGGCGGAUUCACUUACAGUCUCUCGUAUCCACAACCACCGUCAACGAACAUCUCUCCGCCAACAACUGCACCCUCAACGCCAUCUCGGAAGAGGACAUGCAAAGGAGGAUGUACCUCUUCUCCGCCGCCUGCGAGAAUCUCGGACUGGCUAUCAGCACGAAGAAAACAUUGGUUAUGCACCAAUCGCCACCGAACACAGCCCACAAUGCGUUGCAAAUCAGCGUUAACGGAACCUAA